CGCUCGGAGGGGGAGGAGGAGUCUGUGGCAGGCAGCUGCCUUCCAGCGGCGGGUUCUGCUCCCCGCGCCUCCCUUCGCCUGAGUUCACUCGCGCGCAGCGGUAGCAGCGUCCGGGCCUUGGCGGUGGCACUCCCGUGGCAGCGCGGCAGCAAGCGACCAAGCCGCCGGUCAGGGAGGCUCCCUCAGAGCCCGCAGCUCUGCUCCCUCUUCUCCCGGCCUGGGCUCCUCCUCGAUGGCCGCGGGCUGCAGGGACGGCCCGGGGCAGGAAAAGUACAGGCUGGUGGUGGUGGGCGGCGGCGGAGUGGGCAAGUCGGCGCUCACCAUCCAGUUUAUCCAGGAUCAGUAGAGCUGCCAUUAAGAUUAUCUGCCACAUCCUACUUUGUUACUGACUAUGAUCCAACAAUUGAAGAUUCCUACACAAAACAAUGUGUGAUAGAUGAGAGAGCAGCAAGACUAGACAUCCUAGAUACAGCAGGCCAGGAAGAAUUUGGAGCUAUGCGGGAGCAGUACAUGAGGACGGGAGAAGGCUUUCUGCUGGUGUUCUCCGUCACAGACAGAGGAAGUUUUGAAGAAAUCUAUAAAUUUCAAAGGCAGAUUCUUAGAGUGAAAGAUCGUGAUGAAUUCCCUAUGAUUCUUGUUGGAAAUAAAGCUGAUUUGGACCACCAAAGACAGGUAACACAAGAGGAAGGGCAGCAACUAGCAAGACAGCUUAAAGUGACAUAUAUGGAAGCAUCAGCAAAAAUACGACUAAAUGUAGAUCAAGCAUUUCAUGAACUUGUCAGAGUCAUAAGGAAAUUUCAAGAACAAGAAUGCCCUCCUUCCCCAGAGCCAACAAGGAAGGAAAAGGACAAGAAAGGAUGCCAUUGUGUCAUCUUCUAAGAAACCUCUAAGCCAAGCUAUCAACUGCCAGAUCAAUGAAUUCUUUCCACCUGUGUUUCUAUGUCUCCCUUGAUGUCUUGUCUAGCCUUUUAUGUGCGUGUUGUAUAAAUGGUCACCAAAAUAGCCUUAGUCUACACGAAACGGACUGGCCCAGUCCUAGAAGACAACCUGGUCAUCUCAGGGCAGAUGUCAGGCGCUAAGGCUUCUUUUAAACCUUAAUUUUUCUUCCCUUAAAGAAGCUUGCACCUUGUGGAGUUUUAUUCACAAUGGAGUUAAAAUAGUCUUAGAACAAGGUAUUGAAGUCAAGCUUAAAAGUUGAUGUAUGAGUAUUUUUCCCACUUGUAAUGCCUUUUGUUCAUCAUACUCGAGGAAGUCCUAUAAUCAAAAUAUAGAGUAUUUUUUUAAAAAGUGGGUUUGGAGGUUUACCCUUUGAUUAGGUUAAACUUCAAAAUUCAGCUUGCCUUACAGGAAGCCAAUACACUGAAUUUCAUUGUCAGUAAAGUUUUAUUUCAGUUCUUGUUUAUGCUGCAGCUUUUUUCAGUGGUCAGCAGUCUACUGUAUUUAUUUUAUGGCUCCAGUAACUGCUACAGGAUUAUUACUGCAACUAUAUGGCCAAAUACCUGGACUCAUUCUGGACUUGGGCAUUUCAGUUAGAAGAUUUUACAUCAUGGGUUUGGAAUAGAAUUGUUUGUCUUCCUUUUGUAUUUCCAGGUAAGCAAUUUGAGAAAAUUAAACCUGUAGCUGUUUGUUUUCGUGUAAUGUAAAAAGAUGAAUUUGCUCUUUUCAUUGUCAGAUGAUUAAAUGUUUUUUGCUAUAUACUUUUAUACAUUAUUUUCUUAUCAAACUAGUUAACAAGUAUUUUUAUAUGUUUGUAAGCAAAUAUGCUUUCAUGGCAUAACUUGUGUAUAUGUAAAGAUGAGUAUUUAAUUCUCACAGUUCACAUUUAACGGACAAAAUUAAUGCAGAAUUUGCAGAACUGUGGGUAGAACCUCUUUUCUGUUCCAUUUGAAUCCAGCAACAGCCAGUCUUGUGGCUGCCCAGUGUCUCUGUUCAAACUGUCAUGUUUUUGAAAUGGCCUUCCAUAUCCUUUAUAAAAGAUUGAUCGUUAUGUGACUAUUAAACUACAGACUUUUGAA